UGAUUCUAGGACCCUGGGAUCAUGACCUGAGCCAAAGGCAGAUGCUUAAUCAGGGAGCCACCCAGGCGCCCAGAGAGGGCCAUUUUUGUAGUAAGCAGCAUGAGGCUAGUCUGGGUAGCCUCUGUAUCUCCACGUCCUUUCCUGCUUUGGCAGGACAUAGCUUAGGAGGACCCUGGUGUGCCCAGGUGACAGGAAAGAGAAGGCAUUGGCAGGGAAAAGGGUUGAGUUCUUUGGGUGGAGGGUACUGGCUCUCAGCCUUUCCUGGCAAGAGGCCCUAGCUCAGGAAUACCACAGGUCUUCUGAUACAGUUGGGGAGUGCUUCCCAUAGUCCUUCAGCCUUGGGGUACCCCAUAGGGCUUGUGCCCUCUCCAGCCCCUUUCUCCCUUGCCUGUGAUUUUUGGUCUCAAGUGGAAGAGUUCUUCCUUCCUUGGGUCUUAAAUGAGAGCCCCCAAAAGCCAAGCCACUGAUGGGUGCAGGGAGAGUCGCGGGGGAAUUGGGGGGACUCCCAUCCUGUGAGUGGGCUAGACCUGGUCCCGGCAUGAUGACAUGAUAAUAGGCUGCCUAGUGUGGACUCUUGGUCCCCAGCCUAUGAGCCUCGCUGGUUCAAACCGGCACACACAGAGCUGGGAGCAGAGCUUUGUCCUGGGCAAGCUGGAGGCAGGCAGCUAAGCAGCUGUGACGAGAGAGUGAAGGCGCUGAGACAGCCCUGACCUGUGGCCUUCCCCAUGGCCUCGUGGGCUGUGCUGAGCAGCUUCCCUGGAAGCAGGGUGCUAAGCAAGAGGAAUCCGUGACGCUAAGCUGUGUGCUGUGGUACGGGUCCCCCACCUCCACGUCCAUUCUCCCCAAGUGACAGCCAGGUCUUGGUAGGGAGGUGUUUCCUCUCACCUCUGGAGGCCUGGAGAAAGCUCUAGAACAUGUGAACAGUAACAGAGCCCUUGACUCUAGAAAGGCUGACUAGAGUCCUUCCACGGAUCAGCACUUGCUUUGGGUGCUGGAAGCUGUGCCGUUGGGGGGUGGGGUGCUGACUUGGGUGCAUAGCAGUGCCCAUGAGGGGCCGGAGGAAGGAGGGAAGGGUUCUUGGUGGCUCCUGCUGCAUACGACCCUGGAUGAGGUCAUUGAGGGUAGUGGCUGGGAUGGGCCUGGAGACGCUGAGCCAUUGCCUGGUCGCAUCUGAGCUUGGUUUACUCCCAGGAGGGUUUGGUCAUGAGUGUCCUGGGCCCUACACACACUGUUUUGAAACUGGCAGGCACACAGCUUUCUGUGUGUCUCUGGUUGGGGCCCACUACUGGCCAUCACCUCUUGGCCUGGGCUCAGCCCCUCCAUUUCUGAGGGCCUUCUUUGGUGAGCCGUGUUGACUGGCCAUUUCUGGUAGGCUAGUGUCAGGCAUGUGAUGUGUUCUGUUCUCUGUUCCUACCAGCAACACUUCUUCUCCCACCGCCCCCUCCCGCCCUGGCCAGGACAUGUGACUUGGGGGGCAGGCACCAGCCACACUGUGUGUCUGGGGAUUGUCCUAGAUGUGCCCAGCUCUGGGGUGAGGAGAAUAGCCAGGGGCCAUGCCGAGUCCCGGGCGCUGUGCCUGGCUGAAUCUGGGGGGAUAGCUCCAUGGGCCUCUGGAGUGGGCUGAGUACACCGUAACUUGAGAGCUUGCCUUGUGGCCACCAGGGGAGCUGUGGUGGUGGCCAGAGCUCACCUGGAGCCGACUUGCCCACCUAUUCCUGAGUCGGAGCCCUGGCCCCACGCAGCUGGCUCUCCCACACAUGGAGCACGUCGAGCCGCAUACCUGGGCUGGGGCUUGCUUUGGUGUAAGCGAGGCACUCAUGCAGGUGGUUCUCACCAUGGCCUACUUCAAGUUGGGUCAGGUUAGGGAUGGAGUGGGUACAGCAGGUGCUGGCUUUGAUGUUCUCUGUGCGGGUGUUGGGUGUGUCCUUGGUGACUGACCUAACAGGGUAUGGGGCCACUUCCCAGAGUCCCAGGAAGCCACUGGGGCAGGUUCGCAGGUGGGGGCAGGAGGGCUGGAGUUGGAGCAGGGAUACUGGUGCAGGGUGGGCAGCAGGACCCCUGCUAUGGGGGCAGAACUGUGGCACCAGUGUGCCUGCCCCCCCCACCCCGGCGUGUGUAUGAGUGCCCUUCUCUGGAGGAGACAGCCUUGGCAGUGCCUGGAGUCUUAGAACUACAGCCUGACCUCCUUCCCAGGCCUCCCCAGCGUUUCACAUGGGGCCCCAUCUGCUGUCCGGAUGGUGCACCUGGUAGGACCAUGCUGAUGUCAACUGAGGCCCUGAGCUGUGGGCCAGAGUCUGGGUGGGGGGUGCCGCAGAGCUCCCCGAUCUCUUACCGUGUUCUCAGCCAGAAGUUCCCUGUGACCCCCAUCGGGGAAGGAGGAGUCGUAGUGGGGGCCCCGACUGGCUUUCUGCCCUGCCGGCAGCACGGCCCCUCCUCCCACGUGUGGCAGCUGUGCCCCUUCCGCCUGGGAGCUCCGUUCCCUCUCCAGUGUCUCUUCUAGGGCCCCACAGCGGCCAUGGCCCUGUGCGGUGGCCACCCUCUCUUGCAACAGGGUGCUUGUCUUUACUUGAUUGGGCGCUGGCCCGCUUCUGCCCUGUGGCAGGGCUGGGAGUACCUUGCCGUGCUUCUCACCCCGCGGGUCUCCUGUCUCCACCAGCGCUCGGCUCAGGCCCUGGCUCGAGGAAACUCGUUACUCGAUUGGCAGUCACACUGGUAAAAGGCCUAGGAAGCAGGGUGGGCCCAUCUUUGCCCAGGCCCCAGCCAGUGUGACCCUUGUCAGAGUGCUUGGCGCUGCAGGCUGUGUUCUGAGUGAUGUUUAAGGAGCCCCUGUGAGGCCGCCCACCCGGCUGGCCUGGGAUCCUCUUCCCAGCUCCCGGCUCCUGCGGCGAGGUAAGAGUAGAGCUGCGGACACGUACCCGCUUCGGUGUCCAAAUCGAGAGGAGAAAGUUCCUGAACUCUGGCUCCACGAGCAGCUGUGUGUUUCUGAGGCGGCUGCUCGUCGUUUGAGUUGCCUUUCACCCUGGAGUGCCUGCCUUCUGAACCAGAGCCUGGCUGUGGGAAGGGCUGCUUUCUGCCCGAGUCCUAGCUCUUGAGGCAUCAGAGGCUGUUGGUGCAGGACUUCAAACCCGAAACCUGCUGAGUGUUAGAGGCCUGGCUCUCCCCGGGACAGCUGAGUUCCUUGGACAUUGUGAGGUCUCUUCUUAGGUCCCUUGAAUACAGAGAUUGACAAGGUGUGGGGCCAGACCUCGAGGAUUUGGGAUGCAGCCUUGACGAGCGCGGUGGGGGCCUCCAGCUGGGCUGAGCGGCAGCUCUGGGGUUAGUGCCCUUGGCCGUGCUUUGGAGGGUGUGCUGCGCACGUGGGUCUGGGGGCCGAGCCUCCCUAGAGCCCCAGCGCAAAACAGGGCUUAAAAGACCUCUUGACCAAGUCUCGGUUUCCAGGAGUUGAGGGGUAUUUGCUAAGGCCCGUUACAGCCCAAGGCCUGGGGUUAGGGCCCGUCUUCAUGCGUGUGGAUGGUACCUUCAGUCCGCCUUAACUCGGGGGUUUUGGCCGGUGCACGGGAGCUGCCUGCGGCCAGGUGGGGGGAGGGGUUUCUGUCCUGGGAGGGACACGUGCCGGCUCCUGGGGUGUCUGCGGAGGGGCGUGGGGGGUACUGCUGUGGCUGGGGUGGGGUUGCUCUGCAGGUGGGGGCCUUGUGAGGGUCUGGGCAGGCUCUGCUGUGUGAUGGCCACGGUGGGUGUUUAUUCUGCUCCUGUCGCAUGCUGGAGGCUGAGCCGUGCCGUCAUACACGUCUCACCCCGGGUCUUCAGCACGUGAUGCGCCCGUCCUGUCUUUGUCACUUUUUGUGCCUGAGGAAAGGGAGGCGCAGAGAUGAAAGCGGCCAGCCCAGGGUCAUGCCGCUGGUGACCUGUAGGCUAGAGUUUAAGCCAGCAUCCGUCCUGGGAAGCCCUGUCAUGUUCUGAGUUGGGGGGCCCCUCUGCCUGCCCCUCCCACUGGCAGGAUCUUCUUGGCAGCCUGGGUGGGCGCUGCAGGGCUGCUUCUGGAGGUACCCAGGCUCUUGGGGGCUUGGCUCUAGCACAUGGAGUGGGGCAUUCUGGCCUGCCCUCACUGUUCAUGAGAGGCUUGGUGUGUAGCUGGCAUUGCGCAGCGUCCCUGGGGAGCUGGGUCCCAGCUGGGCAAGUUGGGGUAGGUGCAGUCCAACCCGGCCGCUGAGGAGGCUUAAGUCUGCCUUACCGGGUGCCCAGACCUGCCUAUGGAGUUGGAGUCUUGCUCAGAAGGGCAGGGAAGACCUGGAGAGCGGGCAGGGUUCUGGAGCUGGUGAUGCACCCUGUGUGGACAGACCUCCUGGGCCCAGACCAGCACCUCGUUUGGACCCAAGAACAUCGCAGAUAAUGGCCGUAUGUGGACAUCAGCUGUCCCUUGGCUGUGCCAGCAGCACUCUGCAGCUUCCUGCUGGCUCACUGUUCUCCAGCUCCUAACUGAGGUCGUGGGGCCUAAGGGGCAGUGACCCCACCUCUCCCCAGAGAAGGGCAGGGCCUGGUGCUGCUUCUCUGUGGUGUCUAUCACCUAAGCCUGUGUUGCAUUUAACACAGGAGGAAGGGGGUGGGAGCUAGCCUGAAAGCCUGGGCGCUCCUGUGGCCCACGGGCUCUAGAAGAGACCAGCUGGAGGGGUGUGCAGGUCAGCCCCCGGCCCAGAGCAGCGGACUCUCGGGGCAGCGCUGGGAGGUUCGCAGCAUAUGCUCGGCAGCAUGGGUGUUCCUCAGGAGGCCCUUGGACGGCGUCCCGGCCUCUCACCUUCACCCCACACCCUGGCCGGGCCACCCGGACGCAGGCGAGAAGCCAGCGGGCUUCUGUUGCUCUGCUCAGGCGAGUGGUGGCUGCAGAGCGGGCCCUGCCCACGUAGCCUACCCCUAGAAGGCGCUGGAGCUAGAGCCUCAGCCCCUCAGGCCCUGGAAGUGAAGGGUCUUAUUGUCCAGUCAGGCUUCCUCACCGGAGGCCCCCGGUGGUGGGUGUGUCCUCACUUCCACGGCCGGCGGGGGCUGAAGUCCCUCCUCCCAGGAAGACGCACUUAGAGGACACAGAUGCCGUCCCCUAUGCCUCGGCGGGCGGCAGCAGUCUUCUCUCGGGGACUGUGGUCUAGCGAAGCCAGGCCUGUGCUGGGCUUGGCCCUGGGCGGGGGCCGUGACCAAGCCCGGGCCUCCCGCCCCUCCCGCCAGGUGGAAGGGUCCGUGGUGCCUGUGCCUGUGUGCCCUGCCCUUCACUCACGCUGCCUGUCUGGCUUCUCCAUCGGCCCCUGGGGGUGGACAGGAGAUGGUGCUUUCCCAGCCUGCUGCCCCUGUGAGCAGGCCUCAGCCCGUCCUAGCUGCUCCUGGGAUUCCCCACUCCCCGCCAGCCCUCGUGUCCAGAGCUGGCAUUGGCCCACCCCUGCCAGGCCCCUUCCUCCAACCUGAGCCCAGCUAGCUCCCCUUCCUCAUGAUACACAUUUUAAUUCUUGGCCUGACUUAGAAGUGGAGAUUUUUAGUACAGAUAACCUGUGGUGUUUGUGUGGCCAUGGGUUUUGUGAGUGAGGCCUUUGUCAGACCCAGCCCCCCACCCGCACUGGUCCUCAGCGCGCAAGUCCCAUCACUCACUAGCCCCAGGCCUGGCACACAGGUGCCCAGAACUCCCUCGGCCUCCCACAGCUCCUUGGCUCAGGGUACGCAGAGCCCUGAGACCAUGGGAUGGCGGCCGGUGUUGACUGAGGGUCCCGUGUGUGUGGGUGUGGCUAGGCAGCUCCCCGAGAAGCGUCCGGGACUUCAAGGGAAGCUUGCACCUGGUGGCUUUCCGGAGGUUUCCCGCAGCUGAUGAGCCCAGGCCAUCUGCCCGCUCACCCUCAGCUGGCUGUGGGAGAGUCUCCCAGGUGGACAUCCAGCUAACCCUCAGCAGAACCCUGCCUCCCCCCGACCCCCAGCAUUCUCUGACCUCUGCCCCUGCAGGUUUUUACCAGCCAGGGCCAGGCCCGGGGAGCUGUGUCUGCCCUGAGCGGACGCUCAGCUCAAGUCUUUGCUCUUGUAUCUCUUGGUUUCUCUGUGGGUCUCUGCUACCCCUGGAGGGCCAGGCCCACAGCCUGUGUAUUUCUCUGAAAGGCACCAAAUGGGCACUUAGGACGUAUGUGUGGAACCAGAGACCCAAGACCAGAGUUGAGCCUCGGCCCGCUGUCGGCAUGUGCAAGGACUCCCGGGAGGGGGCGGGGUGCUCCGGGCAGUGUCUGGGCCUCAGGUCUGCAGGUUCCCAGAGGAAGGGGGUUUGCCGCCUACGGAGCCAGUGUACUAACGGUCACUUGAUGUGCGCUGGCUGUUUUAUCCACCUACUAGCAGAUGCCCGGCUGAAGGAGGAGCAGGCCACGUGCCCUAACUGUCGUUGUGAGAUCAGUAAGAGCCUUUGCUGCCGCAACCUGGCCGUGGAGAAGGCCGUGAGCGAGCUGCCCUCCGAGUGUGGCUUCUGCCUGCGCCAGUUUCCCCGCUCCCUCCUGGAGAGGCACCAGAAAGAGGAGUGCCAGGACAGGGUGACCCAGUGCAAAUACAAGCGCAUCGGCUGCCCGUGGCACGGUCCCUUCCAUGAGCUGACGGUGCAUGAGGCUGCCUGUGCCCACCCCACCAAGACGGGCAACGAGCUGAUGGAGAUCCUCGACGAGAUGGACCAGAGCCACCGCAAGGAGAUGCAGCUGUACAACAGCAUCUUCAGCCUGCUCAGCUUUGAGAAGAUCGGUUACACAGGGCUGCACAGCCCUUGGGACGGUCAGUGUCUGAGCAGAAGGUGGGUGUAUCUUGGAGGGCCCGGCAGCCAGGGGCCUGCCCUGUGGAGCCAAAGGCGAGAAGAGCACUCAGCACAUCCGGUCCUGCAGGCAGAUACUGCCGUGGCCGCGGGGCUCCUGAGGCCAUCAAGAAGAUGCCCAGGGGCAGGGCUCCUGCGUGAGCUGAGGGUGCUCCGCUCAAAAUGCAGAGUUGGGAGUGGACGCCCAGGGACGGGCAGGCUGGACCGCGCUCAGGCCCGCUGGAUCUCACGGGCUCUCCUGGCCACGGCCACUGCUUUUGGACAUGCUGGGGAGCGGGAACCAGGCCAGGGCCUGGUCCAGACACAAGAACAGCAAGAAGCACCUGCUGACACAGGGGCCGCUGAGGGAGACUGCGGCCCUCUACUGCUCAGCCCACAGCAGGCAGCCGGCUCAGCAUCAAGGGCAGCCACAGGCAACCGGUCACGCCAUGCCAUCCUGCCUGGACUAGGCCUGGCUAGGUGCGGGCCUGCACAGGCCUGAGAGGCGAAGGGCCCGGCAGCCUCAGCACCAGAAGGUCAUGGCCCAUGGUUAGUUGCAGCCUCAGCUGCCCUGCUGGGCGCCAUGGCGCAAACAGUCCAGGCCAGGCCUUGCCGGUCUGGGCGGGCCGAGGCAUCAGGACGGUGGCGGUGGCCGGGCAGGGACCCCCGUGCACACAGGAAGGACUGGCCGCCUCCGUGGAGGGACUCGCGGGCCACGGGCCCCGGGCUGUGCUGAGAGAACUGUGUGACAGCACAGGCGCCCAGCACCGGGCCACACGCCGGCGCUCUGCCUUGCGCCCCAUACAGGCUCUCGGGCCGCGUGCCCGCCCGCCGGCUUUUCUGGCAGCUCUGUAUCCGAACCAAUAAAGUGCACUUGUUCUCAGAA